CGGCCAUGAGCGGUGGACGCAGCGGUCGCAGCAAGCAACAAACCUGUAUCAUGGUGUUUGGCAUUGUGUACAAUGCCUCUAUCGAUGGCCUGCUGUGUCAGACUGAAGCGCCCAAGCUCAAGCGGACUCGAUCGGGACGGCACUUUGGGGUGAAGAAGGAUGUGCAUGACUACUGGAUCUCAAAGUGGCUGGCGGCCAAUGGGCUCGAGGCUGGCAAUAUGGAUGCCGAGGAGAUCGACGAUGCGCUGGCCGAGCUCGGAGUCCAGGGCUCGUACCUCGCCCUGCACACCGUCUCGUACACCUUCUCCUCGCCCAAGUACUUUGACUGGAGGGCGUGCCAGACGUUUGAAAAGACGGCGCUGGGCAAGAUCGACAAGCUCCGCGAGUUCUGUGCUCUGUUCGGCAUCACCUACACCGAGCCGAGCUGGCUCCAGGUGGGAUACGAGUGGUGA